AUGACGAUCAAGGACUGCGGAGGCCACAAGGGCGUCAGCUCCGCCUGCCAGUGCCACCGCGAGAAGCUGUACCGCAAGCUCCGCACGGCGGCGAUCGCCUUCGUCCUCUUCGCCCUCUUCGUCAUCCUGAUCGUCUACCUCGUCCUGCACCCCCACAAGCCCCAGUUCUACCUGCAGGACCUCGCCGUGCUCUGCCUCAACGUCACGCCCCCCGCCUCCGCGUACCUCUUCACCACCAUGCAGGCCACCGUGGCGGCGCGCAACCCCAACGCCCGUGUCGGCGUCUACUACGACUCCGCCGACGUGUACGCGCAGUACAAGGGCGCGCCCAUCACCGUGCCCACCCGGCUCCCCGUCGAGUACCAGGGCCACCGCGACCAGUCCGUGUGGUCGCCGUAUUUGAGGUCCAUGGACAACGUCGAGCUGUCGCCCGAGCUCGCCGUCUCGCUGGCCCAGGACGAGACCGCCGGGUACGUGCUCAUCGACAUCCGCGUCGAGGGGCUGGUCAGGUGGAAGGUGGGCACCAGCUGGAUCUCCGGGCAUUACCAUCUGGAGGUGAACUGCCCCGCGCUCAUCAGGGUGAACGAGGGGAAGGGCAGCUACGGCGCCACCACCGGCGGCGGCACCGAGUACUUCCGGUUCCAGCAGGCGGCGGCCUGCAACGUUGACGUCUGAAUGAUUUCGAGUUCGUUCGGUUGGUCCAAGUGUCUAGAGGAAAUUGAUUCUUCAUGUCGGUAGAUUCUUGCUUCGUUUUGUACUAAGUUUCUUUCUC